UGAGCGAGCGAGCGUGCGACAGAUAACACUUGAACUCGACACGACUCCCCCUCCACCGAAAAACCCAAACCCCGCGCCGCGGCCGCCCCGCCCCCGAAAUCCCCUCCUCCUCCAACGCCCUAGCUCCGGCGAGCGACUACCGGCGGCGAUGCCGAACCUGGAGUGCAGGAUGUACGAGGCGCCGUUCCCGGAGGUGGAGACGGCGGUGAUGAUCCAGGUGAAGCACCUCGCCGAACUGGGCGCCUACGUCUCGCUGCUCGAGUACAACAACAUCGAGGGCAUGAUCCUCUACUCCGAGCUCUCCCGCCGCCGCAUCCGCUCCAUCCCCUCCCUCAUCAAGGUCGGCCGCCAGGAGCCCGCUGUCGUCCUCCGCGUCGACCACGACAAGGGCUACAUCGACCUCUCCAAGCGCCGGGUCUCCCACCACGACCGCCGCACCUGCGAGGACCGCUACAGCAAGUCCAAGUUCGUCCACUCCAUCAUGCGCCACCUCGCCGAAACCCUCCACCUCGACCUCGAGCCGCUCUACCACCGCAUUGCCUGGCCGCUCUACCGCACCUACGGCCACGCCUUCGACGCCUUCAAGCUCAUCGUCGCCGACCCCGAUGCUGCUAUCCUCGACUCGCUCACCUACGACCUCACGGAGACUGGUCCCGACGACCAGGAGGUGACUAAGACCCUGCCUGCUGUCACCCCAGAGAUCAAGGAUGCCCUUAUUAAGAACAUAAGGAGGAGAAUGACGCCACAACCGCACAAGAUACGUGCUGAUAUCGACAUGAAAUGCUUCCAAUAUGAUGGUGUUCUCCACAUUCAGGAAGCCAUGAGGAAAGCUGAAGCAGCUGGAAACAAGGAUUGCCCUGUGAAGAUCAAGCUAGUCGCUGCCCCGCUUUAUGUCCUGACCACUGAAACUCUUGACAAGCACCAAGGGAUCUCAGUCCUUAACAAUGCGAUAAAAGCUUGUGGCGAGACAAUUGAAAAACACAAGGGGAAAUUGGUGGUAAAGGAAGCGCCUAGAGCUGUGAGCGAGAGAGAGGAUAGGCUGUUCAUGGAUGACAUAGAAAAGCUGAAAAUAGCCAAUGAAGAAGUUGAUGGUGAUGAGGACAGCGAAGAGGACACAGGCAUGGGCGAUGUAGAUCUUACAAAGACCGGCGUUGGUUCGCAGUGAUCAGUAACAGUAUUCGGGCUGGAUGAGAGAAAUUGUACAGCGCAGCUUGAGGGAUGGUAGUUUGACCAGUACGUUUUAGCACAGAUUUUGGUGAGAUAGAAACGGUUACUAGUAGUCAAGGCUCACAUCGAUUUAGGGCUAAUCAUUUCUGACUAUGUAUAUGUCAAUAUUGGUGAAAGUUUUGCCAGGACAGCACAGCAUUAAGAAAGAUGAUGGUCGCACCAAAUAGUUGACCACUGUGCGUCUGUGUUAGUUGGAGGAUUGGGCAUUUUUACUUGUGUUGCUGCCUGAAUGUUUCAGGUAGCCCCGUCUCAA